AUGCACACGCUUCAUGAUCCGGAUGGGUUUGGGGUUAGUGGUACCUAUGAACAUGGAUGCUUCGGAAUUCUCGAGUUUCUUCAAAAUACGCUGUUGGAUUUCUACGAGGCAAAGGGUAACUGGAAAGAGCAGUGGGUGGUUUGCCAAUCCCUCUUUCUUUGGACCAAUCGUCUACCUAUGGAAGAUUUACUGUUGUUAGACGAUGGCGAACAGGUUGAGGAGACUAGCCAAAUGUUGAGGACCAUGUUCCUUACCAUGCUUGCAACUCUCGAACAAGAAGGCCUCUUGGGCCCAGGCUCCGAGGUUAAGAACUUAGCCACAAGCAUGAAACUUCAUUUUGCACUUGGCCGCUCAGAACAAAGUGGUAUGGAUCCGCUUGCCUACGAUGACACCGACCGUGGCGUUCAUGUCCUUGCGUACGCCAAGAAACAUAAAGACCUCAAGCCUUCCCUCCCCCGACAAAAGCAACAACGACCCUUGAAGUGGUCCGCUGAGCUGAGUGAAUACAAGCGCCGUUACGGCUCACAUGGGCGUGGUCUCGGGGGUGAUCGUUUUGACUUCACCACUUGGGCAUCCGCUGAUCGCAAGGCGAGUUCUUACGAUGGUAAAGAUCUGCUGACACGAAUUAUGAUUAAUACGUUAAAGGAGGGUUUAGUGAUGCAGCCGGCAUAA